AUGAUGGUUCUUGAGACUCAAACCAGUGUGCCAGUGGGGCCCCGUGGGUGUAGGGAGCAGUGGAGCCACGUGAAGCAAGGCAGGCGUCCGCUAACUGCAUGUUCUUUGUGUCCGUUUGGUACUGAGCUGGUUUCAGUUUUUGUUUUUUUUUCUGAUGUUUCCGAGUUGUUGACUUCAAGGAACUGGGUUUUGUGUAUUUUUUUAGACACUGGGAACUUGUUAAAAGGAAAAGCAGCAGCACCGGGAGGCUCAAGGUGGCGUGUGGCUGGAGCUGAGGGCGGCCCCAGCCGACAUGGGUGGGAGGAGGGCAGAUGUGCCGGCAGCAGCUGGCGCAGGGAGCGGCUCCUUCUGCGACGGGCAGGAGAAGCCUUUCAGCAGCAGCGCUCCCAGCCCUGCUUAACUGCAGUGCCGAGUUCACUGCCCCGCCAGCCUGCUCACCUCCCAGACACCAAAUCUGUCGGAUACCACGCGCCUGGCUCUGAAUGUCCCCGGCCACCCUCCAGUGCCAUGUGCUUUCGGCUGGGGUCCUGGCUGCCGGCUAGGCUGGGGGUCCCGGGGAGGGUGGCCCUAGCUGCCUGCUCCCCCUUGCUCACUGCUUGGGGACGGGGAGGAGGGACAUGGGGGACCACCCCUGGCAGCAGCGUAAGUUGCGCUGAAGCCACGAGCAAACCUGCUCGGAGGGCAGGCAGCCUUGGUGUGAGCAGCCCCGUGCUGCGUUCCUCCUCCACCGAGGCCCGCUGCCCGCAGGGUGCUGGAGGGAAAUGCAGCGGGAGGCAGGUGCCCAGCGGAGGCAGGGACAGCCGGAGGUUGGUGCGGGUGGGCGCUGGGCCGGUGGCCGGGGUGAGCACUGCGUGGGGGAUGCAUGGGUGCUUGGUCCUGGCUGGGACUCAUCUGUCAGUUCUAAGCAGGGAUGCCAGAGCGGGUGAGAGAAACCUACAUAUUUCCAGCAUGUAUAUUAUUUUUAGAAGAGGGAGAGGGGAGAGUCUUGGACCAUUGAUUACUUUCAUUUUGCUCCCCUUAGACUGUUGGCUGUGUAUGUGAAACUUAUAAUGAAAAGAGGGUUGCCCUGCCCAGGUGCUCCCAGAACAUGUACUGUAAUUCUUUGUAUAUAGAAGAAAAAUUACUGUAAAGUAAAGUUUAACUUUACUCUCGA